UCUCGUUCUCUCAUUUCCUGGAGCCGCCAAAUACGGCAGCCGGAAGAAGGAGCUCCGUCGAACCUCGCCGCGAGAGAGAGAGAGAGAGAGAGAGAGAGAGAGAUGAAGAUGGUGAAGACGGGGUUCGGGUGCGAGCCCGUGGUGGGAUCAGUAUCCCUGUCGAAGAAGAAGAAGGACUACAAGGUGACUAACAAGCUCCAGGAAGGGAAGCGGCCCCUCUACGCCAUCACCUUCAAUUUCAUCGACUCCCGCUACUUCAACGUCUUCGCUACCGUUGGGGGCAACCGAGUAACUGUUUACCAAUGCCUGGAAGGAGGUGGUAUUUCUUUAUUACAAUCAUACGUAGAUGAAGAUAAGGACGAGUCAUUCUAUACUGUGAGUUGGGCUUGUGAUGUUGAUGGCACCCCCUUCCUAGUUGCAGGUGGUAGCAAUGGUAUAAUACGUGUUAUUGACACUGGGACUGAAAAGAUACACAAGAGUUUUGUGGGCCAUGGGGAUUCAAUUAAUGAAAUUAGGACUCAAUCACUUAAACCUUCCUUAAUAGUUACUGCAAGCAAAGAUGAAUCUGUCCGCUUGUGGAAUGUGGAUACUGGCAUUUGCAUUCUUAUAUUUUCUGGAGCUGGAGGUCACCGCAAUGAAGUUUUAAGUGUUGAUUUCCACCCAUCAGAUAUUUACCGUAUUGCAAGUUGUGGUAUGGACAACACUGUGAAAAUUUGGUCAAUGAAAGAGUUUUGGACCUAUGUUGAGAAGUCAUUCACGUGGACUGACCUGCCAUCCAAGUUUCCUACAAAAUAUGUUCAGUUCCCUGUUUUCAUUGCCGCUGUUCAUUCAAACUAUGUUGAUUGCAAUCGCUGGUUUGGUGACUUCAUACUCUCAAAGAGUGUUGAUAAUGAGGUGGUCUUGUGGGAGCCCUUGAUCAAGGAACAAAGUGCUGGGGAGGGCAUGGUUGACAUUCUUCAGAAAUACCCGGUGCCUGAAUGCGAUAUUUGGUUCAUCAAGUUUUCCUGUGACUUUCACUACAAUUCUGCCGCAGUAGGAAACAGGGAAGGAAAGAUUUAUGUUUGGGAACUGCAAGCGAGUCCACCUAAUCUCAUAGCAAGGCUAUCGCACGCUCAAUGUAGGUCACCAAUCAGACAGACAGCAAUGUCCUUUGAUGGAAGCACCAUACUUACCUGUUGCGAGGAUGGGUCUAUAUGGCGCUGGGAUGUUGUUAACUGACCACCUUUAAAGCCAUUUUCCUAUUGCCAUCGGCUUCUUGUAAGAUUAUUUAUAAGAAUUGUUUCUGUAUGAUCAAUAGAAAUCUUUUCCAUUAUAAAAGCAGUCGCCUUGGAAGAGCAGAA